GCCUUUUUGUACCUCCUAGAUGCUCUUUAUGGCUUCCUUUUUCUAUACACUCCACUAUGUGUGGGUGCUCUACACUGGUUUGAAGGAGAAAUAUUUUUGCAGACUGAAUGGUUUCCCAGCUCAGAAUCCAACCCAAGCAAACCCAUGCAGUCAACUGCCAGCUGUUAUUUUCUGUGUUUUGCCACUCAUUCUCACAGUGCCAGUGUGCAUAACAGGAAAUGUGUCACACUGUUAUGUAAACUUUACACAGCCUUACAGAUGCCUUUUGUUACACACUGGUGCUCUGUACCUUACCUCACAGGAGAGUGAGAUACUCUUAACUUGUAAGAUCAUCAGUGACUACACUAUCAUUACCUUCCUAAUGACCUUCUUCUUCUCUCUAACUGGGAUUGUGGUGCUAAUGGUAAAAGCUCGCUCCUUGUACAAGCGCUGUUUUACUUCUCACGGCUUCUUUGCUGAUCGUCAGUGGGCCACACUCCAUGUGCUGGAACAGCGCAUGUUCCUUUACCCAGCUGCAUUCUUCUUCCUCUUUUGGACAGCAAUUUUCCUGGCCACAAUGAUGUUAUUCAAACCAGAGGAAGUGGAAGGAAAGGUGGGAGUUAUCCUGUACAUACUACAGGCCUUCACCUCUGGCUCUCAGGGUCUGUUGAACUGUCUGGUGUAUGGUUGGACCCAACAGCACUUCCGCAACCUAUGCAGUGGCACUAUGCUAGAUGCUGAUACCCAAACGCCACUGUUGCGUUCCCAGAAAAAAUCUUACAACAACCUCUGCUCAUCCAGCACAGACAAGCAACAUAUUUGAGGGACGCAAAAAACAAUACUUAUCAUAUCAGAGAGAUAUAAUUGUCAUAUUCCAUCAAGGUGACAGUUUUAUUACCCCUGGCAGCUGCAAUGUCAGCUGGUAUGACAGCUGUUAUGACAGCUGUCAUUAGUGAUAUGAAAUUAUUAAAGGUUAAAGGUUAUACCUUUUGGUGUGGUAGAUAUGUCUUGACUCCAAGUCAAGUCAAGACCUCCCACCACCACCCCUCUCAUUUCAUAUUGUUUUAACACCAUCGUGCUUGGUUCCCAUAGACAGGUGACAAGUAAUUAAAACAAGGACCUAUGUUCUUUUUUUUUUUUAAUGGUGUUUUAUGACCCCUCAGAGGAAGCAGUGUUGUAAAACAAGGUAAUAUGUUUUUUGCCUUGUUCCCGUAGACAGGUGACAAGUAAUUAAAACAAGGACCUAUGUUUUUGGCUUGUUCCCGUAGACAGGUGACAAGUACUUAAAACAAGGAGCUAUGUUCUUUUUUUUAAAAUGGGGUUUUAUGACCCCUCAGAGGAAGCAGUAUUGUAAAACAAGGAAAUAU